AUGGACUUGGAUUAUGCUUUAAGGAUUGGACGCCCAACUCUUUUAACUGACAAGAGCACACCUGAAGAAAAGCGUCUCUUUGAACAGUGGGAGCGUUCAAACCGCAUGUCCCUUAUGAUAAUCAAAAACUCCAUAUCCUUAGCCAUCAAGGGAGCAAUCUCGAACUCUGAAACAGCUACGGGAUACUUAACUUCCGUGGAGGAGCAAUUUAAGGGUACAUCUAAAGCACAUGCAAGUACCCUUAUACUUAAAAUGCUCACCACAAAGUAUGAUGGUGUUAGUGGUGUGCGUGAGCACAUUAUGAUCAUGAACGACAUGGCAAACAAACUCAAAAGUAUGGAUAUGGAAAUAUCUGAAGGUUUCCUUAUCCAUUUCAUAAUGACUUCAUUACCCUCUCAAUUUGGACCAUUCAAAAUUAAUUACAAUACCCAAAAAGAGAAGUGGAAGAUGAGUGAACUUAUUGCCAUGUAUGUUCAAGAAGAGGAACGUCUAAAAAUAGAAAAACCGGACGUUGUUCAUCUUACUACUACUAACGCCUAUAAGAGGAAGUUCUCGAACAGCGGAAAGGGUCCAUAUAAGUGA